GCUACCCGUACACGUUCCGUCUGGGUUGUCUCGUAGAGAAUCAGAAGAUGGCUGAAGCUCCCCCACGGCCCUGCCGGUUUUUUUGUCACCGAUGUUCAGCAGAGAUCAACCCACGUCUCCCGGACUACACCUGUCCACGGUGUGAAUCAGGCUUCAUCGAAGAGCUAUCAGAAGAGAGGAGCACUGAAAAUGGGUCCACCUCAACUGCCUCCACCAGUGAUCAGAACCGUCCAUCUUUUGAGAGUAUGGACCACCAGCACAUGUUUACAUUUCCACCAGGAUACGGCCAAUUUGCUCUGGGGAUCUUCGAUGAAAAUUUUGACCUCCGAGCGGGGAUGCCGAUGGAAGACAACCGCGAGACAGAGAAUCGGCGGGAACGGGAGAUGGCGUCGCGGCAACGUUACAGCGCCCGGCAGCCACGAGGACGACACAUCCCACGGCGACAGGGACAGAGACAAGAGGGAGUGCCCACGCUAGAAGGAAUCAUUCAGCAGCUAGUCAAUGGAAUCAUAGCACCCACAGCCAUGCCGAACAUUGGGAUGGGUCCUUGGGGCAUGUUACACUCCAAUCCAAUGGACUAUGCUUGGGGUGCCAAUGGACUUGAUGCCAUCAUUACCCAGUUAUUGAAUCAGUUUGAGAACACGGGACCUCCUCCAGCUGACCGAGAGAGGAUAAAGAGCCUGCCCACAAUCCAGAUCACAGAAGAACAUGUGGUUUCCUGUUUAGAAUGUCCAGUGUGCAAAGAGGACUACAGUGUAGGGGAGACUGUCAGGCAACUGCCGUGCAAUCACCUGUUUCACAAUGACUGUAUAGUACCGUGGCUGGAACAGCACGACACGUGUCCAGUGUGCCGAAAGAGCCUCAGUGGACAGAACACGGCUACGGACCCUCCGGGACUAUCAGGAAUAAACUUCUCCCCUUCCUCUUCCUCCUCAUCCUCAUCCAACUCCCCCAGCAACGAGAACUCUGCCAACAACUUGUAGACCUCCGUCACCAUCUCACCAUAACACCUCCAGCGCACAACCAACACCUCACCCCCCCCCCCCCCCCCCCCCACCGCAGACCAAUUUACACCCCUGGCUCAGGAGAGUCCAGAGGGCCACCUCUCAGCGCUCUGCUAAGUCCUCUGUUGGGCUCUUGAGGUGAAACGAUAAACCCGAUGGACUCGGCGAUAUUUUCCCUUUCUUUUAUCCCUUUUUAUUGUGAACUUUAAACACACAAUGAGUCCUCCCCGUGAGUGAUAAACUGGGGUUGAUGCUGGCACCGCUCUCAUUGGAGGAAUCUUGUAGUCCGAGGGAGUGAAGCCGCGCAACGGGAACCAGAGACCGAUGAGUACAGGCUGGGGUGUAUAAUAGAAAUCCACAGAAGAACUGGAACGGAGUAUGUUUGGACCAGAGUGGACUACGACUUGUGAUUGAGACACUCAUUGUCUUUGUGCCAUAAGAUGGGAACAUACUGACAUUUUAUAUUUAAGAUAACUUUUUUUUUUUUUACUACCUUGCCGAUGGGGAGAGCGCCAUGUACAAAGAGGUAUUCGUAUUUAAGAACAUAAAGCAGGUCAGCCACUGUACAGAAUAUCUUAUGCAUCUUAUAAUUAAUUUUUAUUUCCAGUGUUGUGUUUGUUUUGCACAAUAUUCUGUUUGGUUUUAAGAAUGUGAUUUUUGGGGGAAAUACUACUGAACAAAAAUGGUAUUGUGUCUCUGAGCAUUUCUUCUGUCAUUCCUUUAUCAUUUUAAGGCACCUAUCGUGAUUCUCAUAUUAAAGUCUCACUCUGCAUUUUCCCAGAUUUUGUUUCAUGGGUAUUCUCAAAUGUUUUAACAGGUUACUAUCAAUUGACAAGUUCUGCCUAAUGCAUCUUCAGAGUGGCAUCUAGUUUUCACUCACUUCCCUACUUGAAAAUCACUUACAACGCAUUUCAAUAUAAUGCAUUUGAACCAGUUCGAAGUUAAUUAUUUUGGGUAAAGAUACCGAAAACAUGCUACACUGCAGUUCUAAUUAUAGUGUGACAGUUUUAGUAGAAUCUAGAAGGCCCUAUUGUGUGAAUCUAUAUAUUGGAUUGUGUAAUUGGUGAAAUAUAAAGUGUCUGGAAUCCUG